CUCCUGCCGGCUGAGAUCCAGCAGAGAUGGGGUCCUGGACUGCUGGAGUCCCUGUGAGUCCCUCACAGGAGGACCCUCGCUUUUGGUUGCAAGAAGCAUUCCUGUAGCUGUGAGGGUUUCCAGAAACUGUUUUCAUGUGGAGCCGUCCUGUGGCCAAAUCAUGUCUCGAUUGCGUGUUUAAACUGAAUUCCUGGCUAGGGGGUGGGGGUUUCGUUGCCAAAUCUCGUCAGAGAACGCCUCUGUGGCCAUGUGGCCGCGGACCCACCUUUCCUAAUCCUUGUCCUCUGAUGGUUUCAACAGGACAGACUGACCCCCAGGACGCACGGUGCUGAUGUGCCGGGUGCAGUGCACUGUGCACUGACACACGGAGCCCACGAUGACUGUCCCAGAGCAGGGCUUCCCCCUGGACCUCGGCGCGAGCUUCACAGAAGAUGCGCCUAGGCCCCCCGUGCCAGGUGAGGAGGGAGAGCUGGUGUCCACUGACCCGAGGCCGGUCAGCCACAGCUUCUGCUCGGGGAAAGGUGCCGGGCCCAAAGGGGAGACGUCCACAGCCACCCCGCGGCGCUCCGACCUGGACCUGGGCUACGAGCCUGAAGGCAGCGCCUCGCCCACACCUCCGUACCUGAAGUGGGCUGAGUCGCUGCACUCCCUGCUGGACGACCAGGACGGGAUACACCUGUUCAGAACUUUCCUGAAGCAGGAGGACUGUGCCGACCUGCUGGACUUCUGGUUUGCCUGCAGUGGCUUCCGGAAGCUGGAGCCCUGUGACUCCAAUGAGGAGAAGAGGCUGAAGCUGGCCAAGGCCAUCUAUAGGAAGUACAUCCUGGACAGCAGUGGGAUUGUGUCACGGCAGACGAAGCCGGCCACCAAGAGCUUCAUCAAGGACUGCAUCAUGCGGCAGCAGAUUGACCCCGCCACCUUCGACCAGGCCCAGACGGAGGUGCAGUCCACCAUGGAGGAGAACACCUACCCCUCCUUCCUCAAGUCUGACAUUUAUCUGGAACACACACGCACAGGCUCCGAGAGCCCCAAGGUCUGCAGUGACCAGAGCUCGGGGUCGGGGACAGGGAAGGGCGUGUCUGGGUACCUGCCCACCUUGAAUGAGGACGAGGAGUGGACGUGUGGCCAGGACGUGGAGGAUGAGGACUGCAGGGGUGCCGCCCCUUCCAGCAGGCUCACCCAGAAGCUGCUCAUGGAGACGGCCGCCCAGCGUACCUCCGCAUGCCGGCGGAGCAGUGAAGGCAGGGAGCUCAGACAUGGAUCCUGGCGGGAGCCGGCCAACCCCUACUACGUCAGCUCCGGCUACGCCUUGGCCCCGGCCACGAGCGCCAACGACAGUGAACAGCAGAGCCUGUCGAGCGACGCCGACACCCUGUCUCUCACCGACAGCAGCGUGGACGGCGUCCCCCCGUACAGGAUCCGUAAGCAGCACCGCCGGGAGAUGCAGGAGAGCAUCCAGGUCAACGGGAGGGUGCCUCUGCCACACAUCCCUCGCACGUACCGGAUGCCGAAAGAGGUCCGUGUGGAGCCGCACAAGUUCGCCGCGGAGCUCAUCCACCGCCUGGAGGCCGUGCAGCGCACGCGGGAGGCUGAGGAGCAGCUGGAGGAGCGGCUGCGGCGAGUGCGGAUGGAGGAGGAGGGUGAAGACGUGGAUGCGGUCCCUGGCCCCCUGGGGGUGGGCCACAAGCUGCCUCCCGCCCAGGCCUGGCACCACUUCCCACCUCGCUAUGCGGACGCGGGCUGUGUGGGGCCCCGGGAUGCACAUGAGGAGGACCCCGAGAGCAUCCUGGACGAGCACGUGCAGCGGGUCCUGCGCACUCCUGGCCGCCAGUCCCCUGGGCCCGGCCACCGCUCCCCCGACAGUGGGCAUGCGGCCAGGCUGCCUGCAGCACCGGGCGGAGCAGCCGGGCAUGGCAAACACGCGGCCAAGACAGGUGCAAAGCUGGACGCAGCCGGCCUGCACCACCACAGGCACGUCCACCACCACGUGCACCACAGCACGACCAAGCCCAGGGAGCAGAUCGAGGCCGAGGCCGCCCGCCGCGUCCAGAGCAGCUUCCCAUGGAGCCCUGAACUGCACGGCUACACUACAAAGCCUCGCGGCUUCCCUGAGAGUAUGGGUGCCGCCCCCACUGUCACCGACUGCCUGGGCUACAGCGGAAAGGCAAGCGCAUCCUCCAAGAGAAUGGCAAAGAAGGCCGAAGCCAGCCGGGGCGCGUCCACCUCGGAGGUGCCUGGCUCGCCGGAGGGUGCAGAGAAGACGCAGACCAUCCUGCAGUGGAUCAUCGAGGGGGAGAAGGAGAUCAGCAGGCACAGGAAGGCCGGCCACGGGCCUUCCGGGGCCAAGAGGCAGCAGGUCCACGAGAGCACCAGGCCCCUGUCCAUCGAACGCCCUGGCGCUGUGCACCCCUGGGUCAGCGCCCAGCUUCGGAACUCCGUCCAGCCCUCCCACCUCUUCAUCCAAGACCCCACUAUGCCCCCCAACCCCGCGCCCAACCCCCUGACUCAGCUGGAGGAGGCCCGCAGGCGUCUGGAGGAGGAGGAGAAGCGAACUAGCAAACUGCCCGCCAAGCAGAGGUGUGGCCGGCGGGGCAGGGAGCUUGGGAGGCCCCAGCGGGAUGUCCGGCCGUGUGGUGGGCUGUGGCGGGCCGGCGGCCUCGUGGGGGGUUCUGGGCGAGACGCCUGCAGGGAGCCCAGCCCUCGCUGUCUCUGCCCCAGGACGAAGUCACAGAAGAAGGCAGGCGGCUUGAGCGCCCCGCCGUGUGAUAGCAUCGUUGUGGCCUACUACUUCUGCGGGGAGCCGAUUCCCUACCGCACCCUGGUGAAGGGCCGCGGGGUCACCCUGGGCCAGUUCAAGGAGCUGCUGACCAAGAAGGGCAGCUACAGAUACUACUUCAAGAAAGUGAGUGAUGAGUUUGACUGCGGCGUAGUGUUUGAAGAGGUUCGGGAGGACCAGGCUGUCCUGCCCGUCUUUGAGGAGAAGAUCAUCGGCAAGGUGGAGAAGGUGGACUGACCACGGGCACUGGCCCUGGGCAGGCAGUCCACACACAACGCGCCGUCACACAGGAAACAGCGCUUCCGCGGACACGGCAGCAAAGCCCUGUCCCACCUGUGUCUGGGCUAGGGUCCCUCUGAGGGGCCCCACAGGCCUCUGUACGGCCGCCGAGGAGGGAGGCCCUCCCCGCUGCCAUAGCAAUACUGAGGGCCGGCCCAGCAGGGUGACCCCAUGCGCCGGCCAGCUCCAGCGGUCCCUCUGCUGCUAAUGGGCCCUGCCUGACCCUGGAGGCCUUGCCUGGGGCGUGGGCUCGCCCCAGGGCAUCUGCUCCCCACAGGGACCCCUGCUCGUGGGCCCAUCACUUGUACAUGUCACCGAGUGCCUUCGACACAGCCUGUCCCUUGCCUGCCACUGUGUGACUCUGCGGCGGGGACCAUUUCCCAGGGACGGCCACCCCACAGCCCCCGCGCCCCAUGUAAAUAUGUACAUUUCUCAGGCAGGGCUAGCGGGCGGCUGCCCGUGCUGUUCUCAUGCGCUGACUUGUACAAUGGUCUUUUCAAAGGUACUUGGAUAA